UCUUAUAUUUUGUUUAUAUUUCAUCCACACCUAUUCCUGCAAGAAAUGUCUAAACAUUUGCAUUUGUUGUAUGUCCUACAGGCUGAGUCCAGCUGAAAUUGUUUUCCUGACUGAGUAUUGCACUGUUAUGAAACCUGUUGUGAAGGCAUUGAACAUUCUUCAGUCUGAGACCAACACACACAUGGGGUGGCUCCUGCCGGUGAUCUUCCAGUUACAAGCAAAACUCAGCAGAUUGGAGACAUCCUCCAAAAUGUGUCUGCCCCUUAUCAGAGCAGUUCAGGAUGGUGUCCAAAAGUCUUUUGGUGGGAUGAUGCAAGAUCCUGAACUGAUUGCUGCAGCAAUCCUUCUGCCAAAGUUCAAGAACACCUGGACUGAGAGGACUGAAAUCAUAGAAACAGCAGGUCUGGUCUAUGUGAGACAACACAUUGACCAGAUGGCAGAGGCAGAAGUGGAGCAAGUCGGGCAACAUUCAUCAGAUGAAGAAGAUUUCUUCUCCUCAAUGAAGUCCAGAAGGUCACAAGGUACAGGGGAGCUAGAUGGGUACCUUGCUUGUAUCUCAAACAAAAUGGAUCUGUUGAACUCAUUUCCACACAUCAAAAACCUCUCUCUCAAACUCAACACUGGUCUUCCUGCCUCGGCUGCCUGUGAGCGUCUAUUCAGCAGUGCUGGACUGUUAUUCACUGCAAAGCGGGCAAGGAUGAAAUCUACUAACUUUGAAAACCAACUGCUACUCAAACUUAACAAAAAGUUCAUAGUGUAAAGAU